AUGAUCAUCAUCCGCGGAUGGGUGAUAACUCACGGCCAGCGGCCGGCUGGUGCUGGGUGUGCGGGGAGCUCGGUAUCAGAGGCGAAAGGAGACAGCGCAAGCCCACCUGUUAGGGAGCUCGGAGUUAAGGAGCACUUUCGUAUCGUUUCACUGCACAACCGGCUGAGAAGCCGAGUCACCCCAACGGCAGCAAACAUGCAGAAAAUGGAGUGGAGCGAGAAGCUGGCAGUCUUAGCGCAGGACAGGGCUGCCUCCUGCCCCGAGGACUCCGCCCUGGAGGGGGAACACUCUGACCACAUGGGCUGGAAUAUCCAUGACUCCGCCUCCGGCUCCACCUCCUUUUCUGAUGUCAUUGGCCUCUGGUUCCAGGAGGGACAGGACUACAACUACCUGAGUGGCCAAUGUGGAGUGAACAGAACGUGUCACCACUACACACAGAUGGUGUGGGCCACCUCCAGCCGAGUGGGGUGUGCGCAGGAUGUCUGUCAGAGAGCUGGGCUACAGAGAGAGCUGUUCGUUUGUGCCUAUUCACCUGGGGGGAACUGGAAAGUGAAUGGCAGGCUGGUGGUGCCCUACAAGACGGGGGCGUACUGCACCCUCUGCACAUCUGCCAUGUCCGGCUGCUUCCGGCUGUGGAGCCACGUGGGCGGAUUGUGCGAGACCCCCCGGAACCCUUGCCGGAUGAGCUGCGGGCUGCACGGGCGCCUGAACGUCUCCACCUGCCAGUGCCAGUGUGCUCCCGGCUUCACCGGCCGCUUCUGCCAGGAGAAGCUGCAGUUCCCGUUCCACAGCUGUGACGUGCGCAUCGACGGCGAGUGUUUCAUGGUGUCUCCAGAGGCUGAUACCUACUAUGGAGCCAAACUCAGGUGUCAGGAAAAAGGAGGGAUCCUGGCUCACAUUCACAACCAGAAGGUUCAGGACAUCUUGGCCUUCUAUCUCAGCCAGCUGGAGACCACCAAUGAGGUCACAGACCCUGACUUUGAAACCCGGAACUUCUGGAUAGGCCUGACCUAUAAAAUGUCCAAGGACUCCUUUCGCUGGGACAGCGGAGAGACCCCUGGCUUCACCAGCUUUGCUUUUGGGCAGCCAGACAACCAGGGCUUCGGGAACUGUGUGGAGCUUCAGGCAGCCAGUGCCUUCAACUGGAAUGACCAGCGCUGUAAAACUCGUAACAGAUAUAUCUGCCAGUUCGCUCCAGAGCACAUAGCCCUCUGGGAGGUUGGCCAGUGAGGGGCUGCAGCCUGCGGAUGAAGAUCUGAGUCCCUAGGGGGCGAUAUGGAGACACACCCUGCUGACCCACCACCUGGCACACUGAGGGCAGUACCUGCAGUUCUCUGCCACGGUGCCUGAGCCACCCUGCAAUCAUCUAAUACGUGUUCUUGUAGUGUUCCUUGUAGAGCCAAGGCCCUCUGCCACAGUAACAUGGCUGAGGGCAGCUGCUGGUGUGCUGUUUGUAUUGUCUUGUGUGAACAGUGCUUCAUGUUUACCCUGUUCCCGUGGCUGUCACUCAGAGCACAGAGUGCGUACAGAAGCAAGACAGCGGGCACAUUCACCUGCCCGUCGGCUCUCUCUUCUCCAGGGCGCUUAGCCUGAUAGUGAUCACUGGCACUCUCUGCCACACGAUCACCCUUCUCUCGGGCAGGCGUCGUCAAACUAGCCAAACCCACACAAAACCACCACCCUGGCCUUCCCUGCACAGUGCCUCUGCAUCUUGCUGACGUUUCCAGGUCUCCAAGAGGCUCACAUUCAGUAGUCAGCUCGAAACCACUCUUUUCAUGCAGCCAGAUACCCACAUGGCUGUGGUGUGGCUGCACCUAUCCAGAGGUGCUGACCUGAGCUGCCUCACUUGUAUUUGAGGGACGGAAGGCACAGUAAACCUCGGGAACCACACUGCUGGGCUAUGGGCUGUGAUGGACAGGAAGUUUCUCACUGCGGCAGCAACUCGGUUUUCCAUCUCCGACACACUUUCCCUCCAAGUGAAACUGAGCCCCUGUGCCUUUGAAACCGAAGACCCCCCAGUAGACAUCUCCUUCCUAGACAAACAGGGGUGUUAGAAUGUGCAUUUGUUUGUAUUUGUCGAUUUUUUCUAUGCUCAAUGUUCUGAUUGUUAUUGUGUAUAAGACAAGUAAUAAGAUACAAAAUAUUAAUUUCGUUCACAAGCAACAGACAGUCCAGAAAGUGCUGUGGUGUAAUGAAUCUGUGAUGUACUGCCAAAAAUAGUCGUUGUUAAAAGUUGCCAAGUGGGCCUGAAAGGCGAGAGAAAUAGUAAUCUUGAGAGACGGAUAUCAGGGGUUCACUGGGAUUUAGUAUUUAAUAUUUGUAUUUUUUAAUGCCCCACCCAGGAAAUGGUUGUGUUUAAUGACCACUGUUGUAUUAUAUCUUCUGUAGAUGUUGUUAAAUAAAUCUAAUUCCAUAUAU